AGAACCCACUCAGCCAUCAGUCCACCACACUCAAAAGACACUAAACAAAGGAAAGAAGAAGAGAUCAGGAGCCAUGGUUCUGCUGGAUAAUAUGUGGGACGACGUCCUGGCCGGACCUCAGCCGGAGCGCGGCCUCGGCCGGCUCCGGAGAAUCAAGCCCCUCAACGUCGAUGGGGAAGGGGCGAGCACCACCAAGUUCCAGAAGUCGCUGUCCAUGCCGGCGAGCCCGUCGACGCCGGUGACUCCAGGGACGCCGGGAAGUACUCUUCCGAAGGAGAACGUGUGGAGGAGCGUGUUCCAUCCCGGGAGCAACCUCGCCACCAGGUCCAUCGGCGCUCAUGAGCUCUACGACAAGCCCUCUCAGCCCAACUCUCCCACCAUCUAUGACUGGCUUUACAGCGAGGACACGAGGAGCAAGCAUCGCUAGAUGGUGAAAGAUGACGAUGUCGAGGUGGCAAGAUUACUACUACUAUGAUGAGCUGAUAUGAAUGGAUGAAACGUUAACUGAGAUCCUGUCCAGUGCUAUAUGUAAAUAGUGCCGUUUUGUGGGUGCUGCUGCUUGCCUGCUUCCGUUUUGUGCUGCUUUUCUUUGAAAUGCUUUCCAUGACCAACCACCAGUCCACCACUAGCUGUUAAUCUGUGUGUGAGAGAGAACAUCUUGUGAUCAUAUGAUAUAUGAAAAGUAAGAUCCUCAGUGUGUUUGUGUUGUAUGUUCGAUCCAAUGAAUGGAAACUGAUCUAAUGGUAUUAUCGCUGAUAUUAAGUUGAGGAUCUAAGAGGAUUCAGUCUCGAUAGUAGCUGAUGUAUAUCAACUAGGAAGAAACCAAAGAUGGCAACAUGUGAUUUGGAUAAGGGAGACUUGUGAGGAUGUGGGGGUCAACAAGUGAUCCGACGAACUCAAAUGGAUCCAACCUUGGACAGUAUUGAAUCUAUGGGCACCACCAAAAUAGAUAAUUGGGCAGGUGCGAAUAUUUUAAUGGAUAAUAAUGAAAUGAAAUUUGGACUGAUAUGGGAAGAGAUUUACAUUUGAUUCGAUCUAUAAUAUAAUAUAGGAUAUAUCAACUAGAUUUUAAUAAAGUUAUCCUGAUGAUGGCGAUCGGUGUAGGGUUUUGGUGGAGAUAAUUAAUUACAAUUUAUCACUAAAUGGAGCUCAUAAUGAUGGGUUGUGUCGAGUUAAUUAAUGUAAGCUGGUAAACGUCUUAAUCAAGGUUGAUUGGUGGAAUUUUUUUAUUUGAUAACCCAGGGAACCUCGGCCCUACGUGUCCACUUGAGCGACAGCGAGGCCUAUUAAAUUACUGGGGUACUUGCAUACUAAUCGGGGCUUUCUGCUACCAACAUAUCAAUGUUAAAGGUGCCGCCGGAACACUUGAUUGGUGGAAUCUUGGGGGGUGGUAGGAAAUAAAAUAUCUUUGUGAUUGAAUAUCAAAUUAUGACGUGUAAUAUAUAUUAUUUCUAUAUAUGUAUACAAUAUUGAUGGAUGGUUGAAGGGACCGUCUAAUCCUAAAUCUCAAGUUAAAAGCCAAGUAAGCUACGAGAAGGACAAGAAAACACUUGGACGUAACAAGACAACAACCAUUCCAAAAAUUUCAGCUAGUCAUAACCCCAAUCCAACUUAGUUGCGUAUUGAAGAAACUUUGUGAAUAUUGAAUAAGAUUUAAAUCACUAU